AUGCUAUGGUGAAAAAACACUUAGCCUUGUUAUUAUAACAACGCAAUUUCAAAAUUUCGUGUGGCUGGUCACACUGUCUCCGAUUCGAUCAGCUGUUUCUUGGCAGCCAUAAACAAAAACAACACGAUUACCACAAAAUCCAAACAAAAGCAAUCAAAACGGUGAAAAAGUUAAUAUUAGUUAAUUUAUUAAGGCUGGGCCUGUUGCUACGUUUAUAUAGUAUGGCCUGGCGUUCAGUGGGCACUAGCAAUGCGGAUCUCAUACGUCAGCUGCGAGAUUACGGCGUAAUUGCAACGGAGGCGGUGGCAGAUGCAAUGACGGCUACAGAUCGCAAGCACUACUCGCCUCGUAACCCGUAUAUGGAUGCACCGCAACCAAUCGGCGGCAGCGUCACUAUCAGCGCUCCUCAUAUGCACGCCUUCGCCUUGGAAUAUCUACGCGAUCAGCUAAAGCCCGGCGCCCAUGUGCUCGAUGUGGGUUCCGGCUCAGGCUAUUUAACCGCCUGCUUCUAUCGGUAUAUAAAAGCCAAGGGAGAGAAUGAGAAUACUCGCAUCGUUGGCAUUGAACAUCAGGUCUCGCUGGUGCAACUGAGCAAAUCCAAUCUAAAUGCGGAUGAUAGCAGCAUGCUCAACUCGGGCCAAAUGUUGAUUGUUGAGGGCGAUGGUCGGCUGGGACAUGCUGCACUCGCUCCAUAUGAUGCCAUACACGUAGGCGCAGCUGCACCCGAGACACCGAACGAAUUAUUGAAUCAACUGGCCCGAGGAGGACGCCUCAUUGUGCCCGUUGGCCCGGAGGGUGGUACACAGUAUAUGCAGCAGUACGAUAAGGAUGCCAGUGGAAAGGUGCAGAUGACCCGUCUCAUGGGCGUCAUGUAUGUGCCCCUUACGGAUUUACGUUCUUGACUGCACAAGCUGGGAUUUGGGCUUGCCAUGCUGCCGCUUGGUUUUGUGCUAUUUCAAUUAUGGACAUACUAUCGCUAGAACUAUUUCCUCCUUAUCGCAAUAGUGGCUUGCCCUCAAUAUCAAAUAUUUCUUGUAAUGCUUCCCAUAUUAAAUUAACUUAUGGAACCGAAUUAAUAAAUGCAGGCGUAUUAAAUGUUAAUUAAAUUAAA